CUUCGAUCCAUUCCUCCCCUCAUCACCAUCACUACCACACUUCAUCAAACCCUCUUCCCAACGGAACUGCACGCUUGGCCCGUCGCCGAAUCUUCGCGCCCGCAGUUGUAGCGAGUCGAGCCGGGCUCGAUAAGCACCACUUCCACCCACCAACUACCCAACAACUUCCUCCUCCUACUGCCCUCGAUCCCUACGCGCAGUCGACGCCACAAUGUCGCGCCCGCUCCCCAAGGUAGAAGUUUCCGGCGCUCCAAUGGAUGAAGACAAGCUCAGCGACUACAUUCCUCAGUCGGGAGACCUCAGCCGCCAACCCACAGCUAGCGCAAGCGUCAGUCGUGUCCAGUCCAAGGCUCCUUCUGAGGAGGACGAGCAGGAAGACUCCGAGGAUGAGGUCAUGGACGACGAUGAGGAUGGCGCCAACACCAGCAAUGCCAAGCCAUCGCAGUCUCGUGAGGAGUUCCGCAAGAAGAAGGCAGCCCAAGCAUCCGACUUGAGCUCCACUCGUGCAAAGCAGAAUUCGCGCAAGGUCGCAGACUCGAUGAAGCGAUUCACUUACUUGUUGGGUCAGACUGAGCUCUUCCAGCAUUUCAUUGAUAUCAAGAAGGAUCGCGACCCAGAAUUUGCUAAAUUGCUUGAGGAGUCGACCAGCAAGCUGAAUGCCAAAAAGGCAGGCAAGGGUCGCCGACGCGGCGGGGCUGCUGCUGCAAAGGACUCUGAGGGAGGGUCGAGGCGACGCAAGACGGAGAAGGAGGAAGAUGAGGAACUGUUGCAGGACAAUGACGACGAUGAGGAGCAGUUCGUCUUUCAUGAAAGCCCGCCCUACGUCAAGGGAGGCACAAUGCGCGACUAUCAAAUACAAGGUCUGAAUUGGAUGAUCUCCCUCUAUCACAACGGUAUCAAUGGCAUUCUCGCCGACGAGAUGGGUUUAGGCAAGACGCUCCAGACUAUCUCCUUCCUCGGCUGGCUGCGCGAGUUCAAGGAUACGCGCGGUCUCCACCUUGUAGUCGUACCCAAGUCUACACUCGACAACUGGCGCCGAGAGUUCGAGAAGUGGGUGCCAGGUUUCAAGGUCGUUGUCCUUCAGGGCACGCGUGAGGAGCGUGACGCCAUCAUUCAGAACACAAUUCUGCCACAAGACCUCGAUGUCCUCCUGACAACGUACGAGAUGUGCUUGCGAGAGAAGUCGGCACUCAAGAAGUUGUCUUGGGAGUACAUCGUCAUCGACGAGGCUCACCGUAUCAAGAAUGUCGACUCAAUGCUGUCGCAAAUUGUCCGCGCCUUUUCCUCGCGCUCUCGUCUCCUCAUCACCGGUACGCCGCUGCAGAACAACCUCAUGGAGCUCUGGGCGCUGCUCAACUUCCUCCUCCCCGACGUCUUCUCCUCCGCCGAGGACUUUGAGUCGUGGUUCAAGGACAAGGGCGAAGAGUCGCAAGACCAAGUCGUUCAGCAGCUGCACAAGGUUCUGCGGCCCUUCUUGUUGCGUCGUGUCAAGGCCGACGUCGAGAAGAGCCUGCUCCCCAAGAAGGAGGUCAACGUCUUCGUCGGACUCACGGACAUGCAGCGAAAGUGGUACAAGAGCAUCCUUGAAAAGGACAUUGACGCCGUCAAUGGCGCUGGAGGCAAGAAGGAGGGCAAGACCCGUCUCUUGAACAUCGUCAUGCAGUUGCGCAAGUGCUGCAAUCACCCCUACCUGUUUGACGGCGCUGAGCCUGGCCCGCCCUUCACGACCGACGAGCACCUCGUCUUUAACUCUGGCAAGAUGGUCAUUCUCGACAAGCUGCUCAAGUCGAUGAAGGCCAAGGGGUCGCGCGUGCUCAUCUUCUCACAGAUGAGUCGUGUCCUCGACAUUCUCGAGGACUACUGCUUCUUCCGCGAGUACGAGUAUUGCCGAAUUGACGGUUCGACCGCCCACGAAGACCGUAUUGCGGCCAUCGACGAGUACAACAAGGAGGGUAGUGAGAAGUUCGUCUUCCUCCUCACCACCCGCGCCGGAGGUUUGGGAAUCAACCUCACCACAGCAGACAUCGUCGUUCUCUUCGACUCGGACUGGAAUCCUCAGGCCGAUUUGCAAGCCAUGGACCGCGCUCACCGCAUCGGGCAGACGAAGCAGGUGUACGUCUUCCGCUUCGUGACGGACAAGUCAAUCGAGGAGCGCAUCCUCGAGCGUGCGGCUCAAAAGCUUCGUCUCGACCAACUCGUCAUCCAGCAGGGCCGCGCACAGCCGUCGAAGAACAACCAGAGCAAGGACGACCUAGUCGAGAUGAUCCAGCACGGUGCCGAGGCGAUCAUCAGCGCCAAGGGAGACAUGACCAUCGACGAUGACAUUGACGAGAUCAUCAAGCGCGGUGAACAGCGCACCGAGCAGCUGCAGGACAAGUACAAGGCCUUUAACCUCGACGAGCUCAACAGCUUCCAGUCGGGUGCGACUGCCUAUGACUGGGAGGGAGAGAACUUCCAGCGUCCAGGCGGCGCCAGUGGCUCGUCGAGCGGCAUCCGCGGCUUGUGGAUCGAGCCUAGCAAGCGCGAGCGCAAGACCAAUUACAGUGUUGAUGCGUAUUACAAGGAGGCCAUGCGCGUUGGAACCAAGCCUGCAGUCAAGGCUCCUCGCGCGCCCAAGCAGAUCUCGAUCAACGACUGGCAGUUCUAUCCUGCUAAGCUGGGCGAGCUGCAGGCCCGCGAGACGGCUGCUUACCAACGUAGCAUCGGAUACAAGGUUCCUGCGCGUGAGGUCAAGGAGGGAGAGUCAGCCGAAGAGGUAGAGGAGGAGCGACAGCGCGAGCAGGAAUUCAUCGCUACUGCUGAGCCAUUGACCGAGGAGGAAGAGAAGGAGAAAGAAGACCUAGCCCUGCGCGGCUUCACAGACUGGAAUCGUCGCGACUUCCAACACUUUAUCCGUGGAGCAGAGAAGUACGGCCGCAUCUCGUACGCGAACAUCGCCCUCGAGGUCGAGACGAAGACGGAGAAGGAGGUCAGGGAGUACGGAGACGUCUUCUGGCGCCGUUACACUGAGCUGGCUGACUGGCAGCGCCUGAUCGAGCGCAUCGACGCUGGAGAGGAGAAGCGUCGUAAAGUGGCUCAGAGCGAGGAGCUACUUCGUAAGCGCGUCAACACACCUGGAUUCACGAUUCCGUACGCCAACGCCAACAAGAGCAAAACCUUUGACGAGAGCGAAGACCUCUUCAUCCUGCAGCGUCUUUCCGAGUACGGGCUCAGCGAGGGAGCAGAGGUGUACGACCGAAUCAAAAAGGACAUUGGCACUCAUGGCGCUUUUAGAUGGGAUUGGUUUAUCAAGAGUCGCACGGCGGCGGAGAUCGCUAGGCGCUCGACCACAUUGCUUGGCCUGUUGAACAGGGAUGCAGGUGGAGCUGACGAGGAGUCCGCACCUAAGGCUAACGGUGGUGGAGCAGGAUGGCCGAAGGGGAAGAAGAGAAAGGAUCUUAGCGGCGUCAAUGGGGAUGCGGGCAGCGCCAACAGCUCGAGGGCCUCAACUCCUGCCGUGGGGAAGGGAGGGGCCAAGAAGGCUAGAAAGAGCGCGACGUAG